GUGCCAUGGCUACACCGCCGAAAAGAGUCUGCUACAGUCCUCUGUUUGACAAUAGUUUCCACAAGAGGUCGAAGAAAAUCUCUAUUGAGGGAAAUAUUGCUGCGGGGAAGUCAACAUUUGUUAGGCUUCUGGAACAAGCCAGUGAUGAGUGGGAGGUAGUUCCUGAACCAAUAGCUAAAUGGUGUAAUGUUCAAACUACUGAAGAUGAGUCUGAGGAACUGUCAACAUCUCAGAAGAAUGGAGGAAACCUUCUUCAAAUGCUAUAUAACAGACCAACAAGAUGGGCUUACACAUUUCAGACCUAUGCCUGCCUAAGUCGUGUUAGAGCCCAACUUAAACCAAUUUCCCUUAAGCUAAAAGAAGCUGAACACCCUGUACAGUUUUUUGAACGAUCAGUAUACAGUGACAGGUAUGUAUUUGCCUCAAGUUUGUUCGAGUCUGGAAGCAUCAAUGAAACAGAGUGGGCUAUUUACCAAGACUGGCAUACCUGGCUUCUGAAUCAAUUUGAGACUGAAAUAGAACUGGAUGGCAUAAUUUAUCUCCGUGCAACACCAGAGAAAUGUAUGAUAAGGUUGCACUCCAGAGGUCGGCAGGAAGAGCAAGGAAUUGAGCUUGAGUACCUGGAUAGCUUGCAUUCUAAGCAUGAGAAAUGGCUCCAUGAAAGAUCAAUUCAAUUGGAUUUGGAGUCUCUUCGCGAUGUACCUGUACUAACUCUUGAUGUUAAUGAAGAUUUCAAAAAUGACAAGAUUAGACAAGAAGCAUUACUUGAUAAAGUAAAGGAUUUUCUCUUCGCUCUCUAGCCAUUGCCAU